ACCGUCAAACGGUUUUUGUAUGGUGUUUUUUGCGAGGUGUUCUUAAUCGAAUCAUUAUAUUUGUUUAAAUUAAAGUGAAUCCUGGAUAAUUGAGUUACCUGAAGUGUUAUAAAAGUUUAGGUACUGAUCGCAGCUAAUAAUUUACUAAAAUCACGAUGUCUCAACAACAAACCAAAAAUUGUAUCACACUCCGAGGGUCUGCACAAAUAAUUUGCGAAUAUCUGAAAUUCGCUAUAAAUUCAGUUUUAUUCCAAAGAGGUCUAUAUCCUCCGGAGACGUUCAAAACCGAACAACAAUAUGGAAUUACACUUUUACUAUCGGAAGAUGCUCAAAUUAAGAGCUUUUUAACCAAUCUCUUGACUCAAAGUGAAGAAUGGAUAAUUAACAAGAAAGUAAGCAAGCUCUCCCUCGUAAUUCUCAACGUAGCAAACAAGGAAAUCUUAGAAUGCUGGGAUUUCAACGUGCAGUACGAAGAUGGUGAUGCAGCAUUAUCAAAAGAAAAAAACGAAACCGUAGGUAGUAAAGACUUGAAAAAAAUACAACAGGAAAUUAGAGAUGUCAUGUUGCAAGUAGCUGCAACAAUAUCAUACUUACCGUUCCUAGAUUGUCGGUGUUCAUUUGACGUUUUAGUUCAUGCUAAAACUGAUUGUGACGUGCCGGAGAAAUGGGCUGAAGCAGAGCCUAUAUCCAUAGCCAACGCACAAAAUGUUCAAUUAAAAACAUUUUCCACUAGCCUUCAUAAAAUGGAAACUGUAGUUAGUUAUAAGCUAGCAGAUUAGUGUAAUAUUAGUAGUAGGUAAGCUUACUUUGUUUUAGGAUUUUGUGUAAAAGUUUUUAUAGCAUUUUUUUGCUUUAAUAAAAUUGUCCACAGCA